AGCACAUACGUCAAACUUGUAUUGACGCCCAAGCCUAUCUCGGAAGUUGGAACCGCACUGGUGACCUGCAUAAAUGCAUAGAUUCCUGCAACUGUCCGCCCAAGCUGCGCUCGAACAUGGGUGCAGAACCCAUCUCACCUGCCCUACAUAUAUCGGAGGGCCCUUCAGCCACUCCCGAUGAGAAGCAACCAGUACCUGCAUUUUCAAAAGAGCCCACUGCGCCUCCAGAACAUGUCGCUCUGGAAAUGAAAGCCAAGCCAAAGGGCAUCCCAACCUUUCUCCCCUGGUUAAAGAAGGCAUCUAAAGAAGGGGAAAGUCUUGAUAGCGAAGCUGUGAACGCAAAAGCAGCAGAGACACUCGCCCCUGCGUCAUUCUUUUCGCUAUUUCGGUAUUCAACUCGCUUUGAAAUAAUGUUGAACCUCUUUGGAGUAAUCUGUGCUGUUGUUGCGGGCGCGAUGCAGCCAGUCAUGACUUUGGCAUUCGGCAACUUGACACAAGAUUUCGUUGCAUUUGGUUUAGCAGAGAACGAAUACUAUCAAUCGCUACAAUCCAACGAUGCGAACGUGACUGAGCAGGCGCAGAUGGCACUGGAUGCUGCUGCAUCCGAGUUCCGUCAUAACGCUAGCCUGGAUGCUUCUUACCUUACUUACAUCGGUAUCUUGAUAUUUUUUUCCACGUAUCUGUAUAUGUACACCUGGAUUUACACUUCAGAGGUUAAUGGGAAAAGAAUACGAGAGAGGUAUCUUCAGGCCGUCCUUAAACAGGAAAUCGCCUAUUUUGAUGAUGUCGGGGCUGGAGAGGUUGCGACGCGCAUCCAAACAGACACUCACUUGGUACAACUGGGGAUAUCCGAAAAAGUCACUCUUGCAGUCACUUUCAUCAGCGCAUUCUUCGUUGGCUUUAUUCUUGCAUAUGUCCGGUCAUGGCGUCUCGCUUUAGCAUUGUCAUCCAUCUUUCCGUGCAUCGCAACCACAGCCGGCGUCAUGAAUAAAUUCAUGUCCAAAUACACGCAGUUAUCUUUGAAUCAUAUUGCUGAGGCAGGUAGUCUUGCGGAGGAGGUCAUAUCCACGAUUCGCACCGCACAGGCUUUUGGGACGCAAAAGGUUUUGUCUGGGAUAUACGAUAAGAACGUCGAUGUCUCUCGCGUCGUUGAUUCUAAAGCGAGUAUUUGGCAAGGAGCAGGGCUAGGCUGCAUCUUCUUCGUGAUCUACAGUGCAUACGCGCUGGCAUUUGAUUUUGGAACUACCCUCAUAAAUGAGGGGCAGGCUACCGCCGGACAGGUCAUAAAUGUCCUCAUGUCUAUCUUAAUUGGGUCCUUCUCUCUUGCCCAACUUGCGCCUGAAUUGCAAGCCAUUACACGCGCCUGUGGCGCUGCCGCCAAACUGUUUGCUACGAUCGAGCGUGUCCCGGAUAUCGACUCUACAAACCCAGGGGGACUAAAGCCUAUGAAAGUUACUGGCGAGAUCACAUUCCAGGAUAUCAAAUUCAGCUAUCCAUCUCGCGCGGAUGUCCCAGUUCUCAAAGGCAUUAAUGUCACUUUCCCGGCUGGCAAAACCACUGCUCUCGUCGGCGCAUCUGGAUCUGGUAAAUCUACCAUUGUAUCUCUCACCGAACGCUUCUACGAUCCACUCAGUGGUUCUGUUAUACUUGAUGGGACCGACUUGCGGGAGCUGAACAUCAAGUGGUUGCGCUCUCAGAUCGGUCUUGUUUCACAAGAGCCCGUUCUUUUCGCGACGACUAUCAGGGGUAACGUCGCACACGGUCUCAUUGGCACAUCAUACGAGGAUGCAUCUAACGAGCAGAAAUUCCAGCUCAUCAAAGCAGCCUGCAUUAAGUCCAACGCCGAUAACUUUAUUAGCCACUUGCCACAAGGAUAUGACACCAUGGUUGGUGAGCGGGGUUUUCUGUUGUCGGGGGGACAAAAACAGCGCGUCGCCAUUGCGCGAGCUAUUGUGUCUGAUCCGCGUAUCUUGCUACUCGACGAAGCAACGAGUGCCCUCGAUACUCGCUCGGAAGGGAUUGUACAAGAUGCUCUUGACAAGGCAGCUGCUGGCCGCACCACAAUCACCAUUGCUCAUCGCUUGUCAACGAUCAAAGAUGCUGACUGCAUACUUGUUAUGGGCGAGGGACUCGUACUGGAGCGCGGGACUCAUGCUGAACUCCUGGCAGACGAGAAUGGCGCAUACUCUCGUCUCGUCAAAGCACAAACUCUUCGCGAGGGUCAUGAAGAUGAUGAUCUGGAUCCAGUUAUACGCAAUCUGGAAGAGCCUAGGUCAGAAGAACUCCUCAAUCGGAAGAACACCAUUCACUCCGUCGGAAGCGACGUCGUCAGUCAACUAAAGGAGAAUGUAGGGGUCCGGGCUCGAGAGGAGGAUUACGAUCUAUUCUAUUUAAUGAGACGUAUUGCUGGUCUUCACCGCGAAGGGUUUUACCGAUACGUGAUUGGAUCUCUCUUUGCUAUAUGCAGUGGUGCUGUUUCUCCUGUAUCCGGUAUUAUAUAUGGACACGCGAUUUCCGGCUUCACUGCGACCACAAACUCUAAGCGCCGCUACGAAGGCGACCGGAAUGCUCUCUGGUUUUUCAUUCUUGCGAUCAUGUAUGCUUUCUUUCUUGGACUGCAGAACUACUUCUUUGCUUCGUCUGCCGCUGUCCUGACUGCCAAGCUUCGCUCGCUCAGUUUUAGAGCCAUUCUCCGACAAGACAUCGAGUACUUUGACAAUGACAAGAAUAGUACCGGCGUUCUGACUUCAAGCUUGAGUGAGAAUCCCCAGAAAAUCAAUGGCCUCGCUGGCGUAACUCUAGGAGCAAUCGUUCAAUCCAUCACAACUCUGAUCGCUGGAUUGAUCAUUGGCUUCGCAUAUGCUUGGAAGCCGGCUAUUGUCGGUAUGGCAUGUAUCCCUGUGCUGGUGUCCGCUGGCUUCAUACGUUUGCAAGUUGUUGUUCUGAAAGAUAAGAAGAACAAGGCAGAACAUGAAAGCUCUGCUCAGAUUGCCUGCGAAGCUGCUGCAGCCAUUCGUACAAUUGCAUCAUUGACUCGAGAAGAGGACUGCCUUAAUCUUUACAGAACGAGCUUGGAGGGACCCGUCAGAAAAUCCACCAGGACAGCGGCCUGGAGCAACAUGCUUUUCGCGCUCUCUCAGGCCAUGUCUUUCUGGGUGAUUGCUUUGGUUUUCUGGUAUGGUUCGACUCUCGUUUCGCGGUUGGAGAUUUCCACGCAAUCUUUCUUCAUUGCUUUGAUGAGUACAACGUUUGGGGCAAUGCAGGCCGGUAAUGCCUUUGCUUUUGUGCCCGAUGUCUCGUCGGCCAAAGGGGCCGCCAAUGCAAUUAUCAGACUCCUUGAUUCAGCCCCUACGAUCGAUGCAGAGUCAGCUGAAGGCAAAAAUGUUCCAAGCGAAACCAUUAAAGGUCACAUAAAGCUGGAGAACGUUCAUUUCAGCUAUCCCACCCGCCCCGGAUUCCGGGUUCUUCGUGGCCUCUCACUUACCGUCGAGCCUGGAACUUAUGUUGCCUUAGUCGGCUCUAGUGGAUGUGGUAAAAGCACAGUCAUCCAGUUACUGGAGCGUUUCUACGAUCCGUUUUCCGGACAGGUGUUGCUCGACGGAGAGCCUAUCAACGAGUUUAACGUUCAGGCAUACCGACAGCAGCUUUCACUCGUGUCGCAAGAGCCUACUUUGUAUGCGGGAACUAUCCGCUUCAAUGUCUUGCUCGGUGCCGUCAGACCAGAAUCUGAGGUUACACAAGAAGAGGUCGAGGCUGCCUGCCGUGAUGCCAAUAUACUGGAUUUUAUUCAAUCACUUCCAGAUGGGUUCAAUACCGAAGUUGGUGGCAAGGGUUCCCAGCUCUCAGGGGGUCAAAAACAACGAGUAGCAAUCGCCCGCGCGCUGCUUCGAAACCCGAAGGUCCUUCUGCUGGACGAAGCCACAUCAGCCCUUGAUUCGAACUCAGAGAAGGUCGUGCAGGAAGCUCUUGACAAAGCUGCCAAAGGUCGCACAACGAUUGCAAUCGCCCACCGCCUUUCGACUAUCCAGAACGCUGAUCGCAUGAAGGCCGAGUCAGCGAAUCUGGCACUCAUGACUGAGCUUCUUGCGCGGAGAGGAGAUUAUUACGAGUUCGUCCAGCUACAAGCACUCAGCAAGAAGUAA